GAUUGGUGGCUAAUCGGGUGGCAGMAAGGGGUACAUUUUUUUUUAACCUUUGGCCCGAAAGUAGCUGGUGAUCCAGCAUCCAAUAGGAGUCGGGUAACAAGCAGGAGGACCCUAAUCGUACAAAGUACAGUGGCUAAAUAACGUUAGCACUCAGAAAUAUACAUUUUUCCACGCAGUUGGGGUUUAAACUUCUGCCUUCAAGAUGGACGAGGAUAGAGGGAAAGCAUCAGACCAAAUGAAGCUAUGGAAAGAGGACCGAAGCGCUCAGAGGCCAGACAACCUGACCACUGGGGCUGGUCACCCGAUAGGGGACAAGUUGAAUAUAAUGACAGCGGGUCCCYGGGGGCCCCUCCUAGUGCAGGACACCCCGUUCAUAGACGAGAUGGCCCACUUUGACCGCGAGCGCAUCCCAGAGAGGGUGGUGCAUGCCAAGGGAGGCGGAGCGUUUGGGUACUUUGAGGUGACACAUGACAUCUCUCGCUACUGCAAGGCCAAGGUGUUUGAGCAUGUGGGCAAGACCACACCUAUCGCCAUUCGCUUCUCCACCGUGGCUGGGGAAUCGGGUUCAGCUGACACAGUGCGAGACCCACGUGGCUUUGCAGUUAAGUUCUACACUGACGAGGGCAACUGGGACCUUACUGGCAACAACACCCCCAUCUUCUUUAUCAGGGACGCCAUGCUGUUCCCAUCCUUUGUCCACUCUCAGAAGCGCAACCCCCAGACUCACCUGAAGGACCCAGACAUGGUGUGGGACUUCUGGAGCCUGCGGCCUGAGUGUAUGCAUCAGGUGUCCUUCCUGUUCAGUGACCGUGGUCUGCCCGACGGCUUCCGCCACAUGAAUGGCUACGGAUCCCACACCUUCAAGCUGGUCAACGCCGAGCGUCAGCCCGUCUACUGCAAGUUCCACUACAAGACCAACCAGGGUAUCAAGAAUUUGAAGCCUGAGGACGCCGAGCGCCUGGCCUCCACCGACCCGGACUACGCCAUCCGAGACCUUUACACCUCCAUCGCCAACGGGAAAUUCCCCUCCUGGUCAUUCUACAUCCAGGUCAUGACCUUUGACCAGGCCGAGAAGUUCCAGUGGAACCCCUUUGACCUGACCAAGGUGUGGUCUCACAAGGAGUACCCCCUCAUUCCCGUGGGGAGGUUGGUGCUCAACAGAAACCCUGCCAACUACUUUGCUGAGAUCGAGCAGCUGGCCUUUGACCCCAGCAAUAUGCCCCCUGGCAUCGAGCCCAGCCCCGACAAGAUGCUGCAGGGGCGUCUGUUCUCCUACCCAGACACACACCGACACCGGCUGGGAACCAACUACCUGCAGCUGCCCGUCAACUGCCCCUUCAGGACCCGUGUGUCCAACUACCAGCGAGACGGGCCCAUGUGCAUGUUCGACAACCAGGCUGGCGCUCCCAACUACUUCCCCAACAGCUUCAGUGCCCCAGAGACCCAACGACAGCAUGUGGAAACCAGGUUUAAGGUGUCCCCAGAUGUGGGCCGCUACAACAGCGCUGACGAUGAUAAUGUCACACAGGUGCGUACCUUCUUCACCGAGGUGCUGAAUGAGGCGGAGCGCCAGAGGCUCUGUCAGAACAUGGCUGGUGCCCUGAAGGGAGCCCAAGUCUUCAUCCAGAAACGCUGGGUUCAGAAUCUGAUGGCUGUGCAUGCAGACUAUGGGAACGGGGUUCAGACCCUACUCAACAACACUGAGCCCACGAAGGACACUGUGAGAGUGUACACCCGUGGAGGUGCCUCUACCAUCGCUGCCUCCUCCAAGAUGUGAUGCCUUAACUUCCACCUGGGGGCAGUUCCACCUGUUGCACUUACCAUCCGCUAUAGAAUAUCUUACUAUCGACCGUCCGUAAAUGCUAUAGCUAAUUAAAUUGCAAGCUAUCAUGAUUGUUUUUGUAAUUCCUCAGGCUACUUACUGCACAGAUGACUCAAGAGACAGCAUUGCUGUCAGUUCUAACAUGUAGUUUCUUGUCCAUUUUGCCUAAGUUCACACAGAAAUGAAUAUAGUCAGACUGCAGCCCUAUGGGAGAAGAUCUGUCCCCACAGUCAAAUACACAGACGCAAUCUGAAAAGCUGUGCAGUUAUUCAGUUGUUUUAUAGUAUAAUUUUCAUUCCAUUGUCAGUAUAGUGAUAUCUCUUUCCCAAUUACUUAUUGUUUGUGUAUCCAUGCCUCAUGUAUGCCCUGAUAGUUAGCUUAAUAAACAGGUAUGUGUUAGCUAGCCUAUAUGCAAAAUAUGACAUUUAUUCUAGUUAGACAAACCACCAAUGUUUUCAAAUAAGGUUCAUAAUUAUUGCUUAGGCCAUCACCAUAUUUCUUGGUUAUAUUAGAAAUGGUUUCAAGCCAACGAUCGGUGUGAUUCAGUCAUGAAGUCGUCCUCGCAGCCAAAACUACAAAGCAGUGCCUUUUUGGGUUAGACACAAAUACCUAACACCAUGGCAGGAUCAGGGCUUUGCCUAGACUUUUAAUCACUAUAUAAAAAUG